AUCCCUUAUUAAUCCACUAUGUCUUCCUGUAUAAAGUACAUAACCAAACCCUCCACUCCAUUCUCUUUUGUACCCUCCCUCCCCACAAAUCCAACUUCCACUUACUCUUCGAAUCUUCCUUCCUUCAUCAUUCCCUCUCUUCUCCUUCCUCCCUUCCAAACCGACAGCUCCGAUCGAGCAGGAAAAAAUGUUGCAGAAAGUCAUGGAAACUUGCUGUGUGCAGCCCAGAGAUGUUGCCAUCCUCGAGAAUGGCAGCACCAGCAGCAGCAAUGGCAGCACCAGCAGUAGCAAUAAGAUCAUGGGGACGGUUGUGUUGAUGAAGAAGAACGUUCUGGACCUGCACGACGUCAAAGCUUCGUUCCUCGAUCGAAUUCAUGAGCUUCUCGGCAAAGGCAUCUCCAUCCACCUUAUCAGCUCUGUUCAUCCGGAUCCAGGUCACCCCUUUUCUCCUUUCCUCUCCCCCUGCAUUGAAUAGAAUGCACCCAUCAAUGGUUUGAAGUUUCUUGAAUGAAAACAAAAAAGGAAAAGACUUUGGUAUCUUCUUCUGGUAUUCCCCAGUCCCAAUCCAACAGACUUUCUACGAGCCAUUUCAAAGCUCGCUCCUGUUUCUUGUUUGCUUAUCAACGUAGACAAAGCUAACUACGGUGGUGUUUGCUGGCAAUUUCCUCCAGAGAAUGGAUGGAGGGGCAUGAUUGGGAAAGAAGCCUCCUUGGAGAAUGGGUUCACAGGACGACACCUUUAACAGCUACUGAGACUAGUUUUUCCAUUACCUUCAACUGGGAUCACUCCACCAUGGGCGUACCUGGAGCUUUCAUCAUCAGAAACCAUCACCACAGUCAAUUCUACCUCAAGACCUUAACUUUAGACGAUUUCCCGGGCCAUGGCCGAAUUCAUUUCAUCUGCAAUUCAUGGGUCUAUCCUGCUCACAGAUACAAAUACGACCGCGUUUUCUUCUCGAACAAGACAUACCUACCAUGUCAAACGCCAGAACCAUUGCGCCAAUUGAGAGAACAAGAACUUAUUAACCUGAGAGGAAAUGGGAAAGGACAGCUGAAAGAAUGGGACAGAGUUUAUGACUAUGCUUACUACAAUGAUCUGGGUAGUCCAGAUAAGGGUGAAGCCUAUGCGCGCCCUGUUCUUGGUGGAUCCAAGGAGUAUCCCUAUCCCAGAAGAGGAAGAACAGGACGAAAGCCAACCAAAAAAGAUCCCAAGUCAGAGAGCAGAUUGCCACUUCUAAGCCUGGACAUCUACGUACCUAGGGAUGAACGGUUUGGACACGUGAAGUUCUCAGAUUUCUUAGCAUAUGCUCUGAAAUCUAUUGCUCAAGUACUUCUCCCGGAGAUUUCGUCUAUAUGCGACAAGACGAUCAACGAGUUCGAUUGUUUUGAGGAUGUUUUUGACCUCUAUAAUGGCGGCAUAAAGCUGCCAGGUAAGGCCACGGUGAGCAAAGUAAGAAAUCGCAUACCUUGGGAAUUACUGAAGGAACUUGUUCGCAAUGAUGGUGAGAGGUUUCUAAAGUUCCCCAUUCCUGAAGUAAUCAAAGAGGACAAGUCUGCAUGGAGGACUGAUGAAGAAUUUGCUCGAGAGAUGCUUGCUGGAGUCAACCCAGUCAUCAUCAGCCGCCUACAAGAGUUCCCACCAGCUAGCCAGCUAGACCCUAAACAAUACGGAAACCAGCAUAGCACAAUCAAAAAGGAAGACAUCGAAGUCAACAUGAAUGGACUCACCGUCGACCAAGCAAUAGAAAGCAACAGGCUGUUCAUAUUGGACCAUCAUGAUGCACUGAUGAUAUACUUGAGGAAGAUAAACUCGACCAACACAAAGACUUACGCCACCAGAACGAUUCUGUUCCUUCAAGACGAUGGAACAUUGAAGCCAUUAGCAAUCGAACUGAGCCUCCUACAUCCACAGGGGGACUAUCGUGGUGCAGUCAGCAGAGUAUUCACUCCAGCAGAAGAUGGAACAGUCGAGGGCUCAAUUUGGCAGCUAGCCAAAGCUUAUGCCGCAGUGAAUGAUUCUGGAUAUCAUCAGCUGAUCAGUCACUGGCUGAACACUCAUGCUGUGAUAGAGCCCUUCAUAAUUGCGACGAAUAGGCAGUUGAGCGUUCUCCACCCUAUCCACAAGCUUCUGCAGCCACAUUUCCGUGACACGAUGAAUAUAAAUGCUUUGGCAAGACAAAUUCUGAUCAAUGCUGGUGGCAUGCUGGAGAUCACAGUGUUCCCAGCUAGAUACUCCAUGGAAAUGUCUGCUGUUUUGUACAAGAAUUGGGUCUUCACUGAACAGGCACUCCCUGCCGAUCUUAUAAAGAGAGGAAUAGCAGUUCCAGACAAAACCAAGCCACAUGGCCUCAAGCUUCUGAUAGAGGACUACCCAUAUGCAGUCGAUGGGCUGGAGAUAUGGUCGGCAAUCGAGACAUGGGUACAGGAAUACUGCGACUUCUACUACCCAACAGACGAAUUGGUCCAAAGCGACGAGGAACUCCAAUCGUGGUGGUUAGAGCUACGCAACGAAGGCCAUGGAGACAAGAGAGACGAGCCAUGGUGGCCCGAAAUGCAGACAAGAGUCGACCUCAAACAAACAUGCACAAUCAUCAUAUGGGUAGCUUCAGCGCUCCACGCAGCAGUGAAUUUCGGGCAGUACCCUUAUGCAGGCUUCCUUCCCAACCGUCCCACAAUUAGCCGGCGGUUCAUGCCGGAGCCGGGGACGCCGGAGUACCGCGAGCUGGAGCAAGACCCGGAGUUGGGUUAUUUGAAGACGAUUACAGCACAGUUACAGACUUUGCUGGGGGUAUCGCUAAUCGAGAUUCUAUCGAGGCAUUCGACGGACGAGAUUUACCUUGGGCAGAGGGAGAGCGACGAGUGGACCUGCGAUGAAGAACCGCUGGCAGCGUUCAGGCGAUUUGGGAAGAGGUUAAUGGGGAUCGAGGGGCGGAUUACGGAAAUGAAUAGUAAUCCGAAAUUGAAGAACAGAGUUGGGCCGGUGAAGGUUCCUUAUACGUUGUUGUUCCCGAAUACAUCGGAUUACUCGAGGGAAGGUGGGCUUACUGGGAAAGGGGUUCCAAAUAGUAUCUCCAUCUGA